UUCCACUGAACAAAGAGAGGAGCCAACUUAGAUCCCUCUAGCUCCGCGACACACACAAGAUAGCCAGCCGUCAUCCAUGGCUGUCACAUGUCAGUCUCUGUCCGUGUGUGCAGCAUCCGUGGUCACCUCGGACGUCAUCACGCUCAGCAGGGCCAUCGUCCUCUCCCAUAUAAAUGUACAGGACCAGUAGCCUUGUACCACUACGUUGCUUAAGGAGUUCGAUCGAGAGCUGAGUCAUCAAGUAGCUUCAGCUCCGAGAAGGCCGACGGCGACCCAGAAGAUCGUGGCCGAUCCGACCCUGGGAGCUCGCGCGCACAGUGCGCGGCCAUGGGUGAGGAAGCGGCGGCCGUGCCCCAUGCCGUGGCGGCGGCGAGCGCCCCGCCGCACCUGGUGCUGAUAUGCUUCCCGGGGCAGGGCCACGUGAACCCCAUGCUCCGCCUGGCCAAGCGCGUCGCGGCCAAGGGCCUCCUCGUGACCUUCUCCUCGCUGGCCAGCGUGGGCGCGAGGCUGGCCGCCGCCGCGGGGGUGUCGGCCGGCGGCGACGGCGUGCCCGUGGGCCGGGGCCGCGUGCGGUUCGAGUUCCUGGAGGACGGCGACCCCGGGCCCGACCUGGACGACCUCAUGCGGCACCUCGACACGGCCGGCCCGCCGGCGUUCGCGGCGCUGCUGCGGCGCCAGGCGGAGGAGGGCCGGCCCGUGGCGUGCGUGGUGGCGAACCCGUUCAUGCCGUGGGCGAGCGACGUCGCCGCCGGCGAGGGGAUCCUGACGGCGGUGCUGUGGGUGCAGUCGUGCACGGUGUUCUCGCUCUACUACCACCACGUGCACGGCCUGGUGGAGUUCCCGCCCGAGGAUGACCCGGAGGCGCGGUUCCGGCUGCCGGGCCUGCCGGAGAUGUCGGCCGCCGACGUGCCGUCGUUCCUGCUCCCGUUCAAGCUCCUCGCCGACGCGAUCAUCACGCAGUUCCGCACCAUCGGGCGGGCCUCGUGGGUGCUGGUGAACUCGUUCGCGGAGCUGGAGGGGGACGUGGUGGCCGCGCUCCCCGGCGUGACGCCGCGCCCGCCGGAGCUCAUCCCCGUGGGCCCGCUCAUCGAGCUCCAGCAGCAGGCGGGCCAGGAGGAGGAGGACGCGGUGCGCGGGGACCUGAUCAAGGCCGCCGACGACUGCGUGGAGUGGCUGGACGCGCAGCCGCCGCGGUCCGUGGUGUACGCGUCGGUGGGCAGCGUGGUGCUGCUGUCCCCCGGCGAGGUCGCGGAGAUGGCGCACGGGCUGGUGUCGACGGGGCGGCCGUUCCUGUGGGUGGUGCGGCUGGACACGCAGCCGCACCUGCCGGCGGGGUUCGUGGAGUCCGUGUCCGGGCGCGGCGCGGUGGUGGCGUGGAGCCCGCAGGAGCGCGUGCUGGCGCACCCGUCGACGGCGUGCUUCCUGACGCACUGCGGGUGGAACUCGACGCUGGAGACGGUGGCGGCGGGGGUGCCCGUGGUGGCGUUCCCGCAGUGGGGGGACCAGUGCACGGACGCGCGCUUCCUGGUGGAGGAGCUCGGCAUGGGCGUGCGCCUGCGGGGCGCCCGGCGGGAGGCCGUGCGAGAGGCCGUGGAGGCCGCCGUGGCGGGGCCCCGCGCGGGGGAGAUGCUCGCGAGCGCCAGGCGGUGGAGCGCCGCGGCCAGGGCCGCCGUGGCGCCCGGCGGUUCCUCGGACGCCCACGUCCAGGCGUUCGUGGACGAGGUGGCGCGCCGGGCGCGUGGCGGCGGAGCGGCUAAGGCCGAGGCCCAGGCGGCCCAGCCUCCUCCCGCCGUCGCCACAGAGGCCUCCUAGCGUCGAGACGUGAUCUCCAGAGGCAGAGAGGGUGCUAGUGCUAGCUAGGGUAAAUGGCGGUAAAAAAAAAGGGAACAGUAAAUAAUUAAUCGUGCGGCUACCGCGAAUUUGAUUUCGUUUUUUCACGGUUUUGCACUGCUCAAUUCGAUUCCAACCAGCA